CCGAGAGAUAAAUUGUGUGUGUGGGUAUUAUUGGAGGAGCCGGGUACGAUACUGUCCUUUCGCAUUUCCUGUGGAGCGACUGUUAACACUCGGAGCUCGAAGAAGGAGAAGAAGAAAAAAACCGAUUAAAUAUUCGAUAAAAAUAACGGGGAGUUUUUGAAUAUGCCGGCUAACAAGGAAAGCGACGGCGGUUGGAAGUCAUUUAUGUGGAAUUCCGAGAAAAGGGAGUUUUUGGGGCGAACAUGGAGCAGUUGGCUUAAAAUCUUCCUGUUCUACGUGAUUUUCUACGGAUGCUUGGCUGGCAUUUUCAUCGGGACCAUUCAGGCGCUGCUGCUCACGCUGAGCAACUACAAACCCACCUAUCAGGACAGAGUCGCCCCCCCAGGUCUUUCACACACCCCCCGCUCACUGAAAUCUGAAAUUGCUUACACCAAAUCUAAAGAGGAAUCUUACAGCAAGUACACUCAAGCCAUGAAAACCUUCCUAAAGACGUACGACCUGGACAUACAGACGGAUGAGCUGAAUUUUCAGGACUGUGGAGGUGAGUCGUGCAGGGAUUAUUCUAGUGUUUAUAUGAACAAUCAUUUCACUGCUGGAAUGUGUUGUAUACAUUUGCAAGUGUGUAUAUUAUAGUAUACUUUUGAACUA